GACAUCUGUACAAAGAAUGUUCUACAGUUUUUAAAAACUGAUUUUCCAUAUAUGAUCAUUUAAAUUUUCAAAAUGAUUAGAAAACUUUUUGUUAUCCUACUUUUGCUUUUUCUGUCUUUGACUGAAGCAAGGAAGUCAUUGCGAAAUUUUCUGACUUUAGAGAAGACUGAAAUACUAUUUUUCACAAAGACUGAAGAAAUCAUCACGGUAAGGUCAAGCUACAAAGAAAUACAGCCUAACUCCAGCCACCUCUUUGUGCUACUAGAAGAUCCUGACAAGCUGCAAGUAGUGGACGUGACCAAGACCUCAUCGGACGUUACCAUCUUUAGCAUAAAGCUGGUGGCAGAUGAAGAAGGGGAAACAAAUUUGACCAUUCAACUCUGGGAUUCUGAAGGUAGGCAAGAAAGACUCAUUGACGAAGUAAAGAAUGUCAGAGUCAAAGUGCUCAAACAAAUAGAAGACAGUCUUUUCCAGGCAUCAUUGCAUAUUGACAGAAAUAUCCUGAUGCUUAUUUUACCGGUGAUACUGCUAAAUAAAUGUGCAUUUGGUUGCAAGAUUGAAUUACAGGUGUUUCAAACAGUGUGGAAGCAACCUUUACCAAUCAUUCUCGGGGCAGUUACACAGUUUUUUCUUAUGCCAUUUUGUGGAUUUCUUUUGUCUCAGGUUUUGGCAUUGCCUGAAGCCCAAGUUUUUGGAUUUGUAAUGACCUGCACGUGCCCAGGAGGGGGUGGGGGCUAUCUCUUUUCUCUGCUUCUAGAAGGAGAUGUCACUUUGGCCAUUUUGAUGACUUGCACCUCAACGUUAUUGGCCCUGAUACUGAUGCCUAUCAAUUGUCAUAUAUACAGUAAGAUAUUAGGGUUAUCGGGGACAUUUCAUAGUCCUGUUUCGAAAAUUGUGUCCACCCUACUUUUCAUACUUAUACCAGUAUCAGUUGGAAUAGUCAUCAAGCAUACAAUACCUGAAAAAGCAAAAUUCUUAGAGAGAAUAAUUAGACCUCUGAGUUUUAUUUUAAUGUUUACAGGGAUUUAUUUGACUUUCAGAAUGGGAUUAAUGUUUCUAAGGACAGCUAAUGUGGGGGUGCUGCUGUUGGGUCUCUUAGUUCCUGCUUUGGGUUUGUUGUUUGGGUUCUCCUUUGCUAAAGUGUGUAUGCUGCCCCUUCCUGUUUGUAAAACAGUUGCUAUUGAAAGUGGGACCUUAAAUAGUUUCCUAGCCCUCGCCAUCAUUCAGCUGUCUUUUUCCCAGUCCAAGGUACAGUUGGCCUCUCUGGCUCCUUUUACAGUAGCCAUGUGUUCUGGAUGUGAAAUGUUACUGAUCCUUCUGGUCUACAACGCUAAGAGAUAUAUUGCAGAGGAUAAAAGAAAAAAGUACUCCCUAGUCUAACAAUUAAAAAAUUACUGAAUUCUUAAUCUGGGAGAGGCGCUGUGAGAGAUUCAAAGAUAUCUAAAAUACUAUCUGCUCAUAAGCCACUUCUGAUCUGGCUUAACAUUUGAAAUUGGUGAGGGGUGAGAAGAAAAGAAUAUAUAUUCAUAUUUGUUCAUCAUCCAAUGGCACAGAAAGUAAAAUACUCCACACUAGUAUUGAGGAAGGAGAUAGUUUUUCAAUUAUGUUGGUUUGGGGAAAGUUUUAUAGAGUGUAAUAUGGUUAUGAUACUUUAUUUCUGUCUGUUAAAUGAGAAAAGCACUAGAAAACUCCUGCGGUGAUUACAGUGUCUCCUAAAUAUUUAAAGAAAGGAUAUAUACAUAGUAGAGAUUUGGCAAAUGAUCAUUCGUGAAUUAAUAUAUAAAUUCUUAUUUUAAUUGCUCACUGGCUCAUCAAAAUCAAUAUGUCUUAAAGUAUAUGUCACGUCUAUCUUCUCUGAGUUGCACUUCCUCCCGUCUUCCACAUCUCCCCCCGUGUUUAUCCUAAACACAAGUCAGCUCUUCUUCUUUUGUCCGUGUUUUUUAACAGUCAAUCUAUUUUCAAUGGAAAAUGUGCUAUAAUAUCCUCUGAUAAGUCUCCUCUCCAUUCCCAGCACCAUCCCUUUUGUUGCUUCUGGCCUCCAAGUACUGCCAAUUAAUCUUCCCCAAAUCUAACUUUGACCAUGUGAUUUCCCUGCAAUGAAACCUUAUGGCCUUUCAGAUAAGGUUCAUAUUCUUUAGUGAGGCAUUUAUUACACUCUACUUUCUGACCUUAAUCUAGCUUCCCAGUUUUCUCUCCCCUCCCUCUUCUUUACACACAGACUACGUCAUAAUCAAGCAGAAUGACUUGGUACGUCAUGAAUGUGUCCUUGUUCAGGCCAGCCACUGGGCUUGUUUUGUAACUGUUUUUGUUCCUGUUGUAUCCUUCAGAUGCUGUAAAUCCUAAGGACAGAAAGUAUGCCUUUUCAUUCUAUUACUUUCCAUCAAGCCUAGCACAAUAUUUUCUAUGUGCUUAUUCAAAUACAGUGUUGAAGCACAGACUAGGGCCAAAAUGAAUAGUAUGUUUUUAUACUACUUUUAAAUUUUUAAUGGAAACUUUUAAUGUGUAGUUCCCAUCUGCACUCUUCUAGAAAUAAGGUGUAGGCAUCAGGAACAGGAAAUACCAAUCUAAAAAAAUUUGCUUUUUCUAUUUCCUAGCUUUAGGCUUGUGGAAAUUCCUUAAGUUCCUGAUAGUUUAGUUUUCUCAUUUCAGAAAUGGAGAUAAUGGCAUCACUUCCAUCAGACUGUCCUGGGAAUUAUAUAAAAUCAUCCAUGUAAUGUGCUUAGACGAAUGUCUGACACAUAGUAAGUGCACAGUGCUAGCUACGAUAGUUAUUUUAUCCGAGUUUUAACUUUCAAACCUGAUAUAGCUGCUGCUGGUUUGAAAUGCCAAUAUCAUAACUGUGUAUGGAGCCUAAUACUAUCAACAUUUUCCUAUCUGGAUUAUGCAGGGAAUGUUUUUUCUUCUUUACCAACUCAUAAUAUAACCAAGCUUCUCUUUGUCUGAUGUCACCAAAUCCAAUAUAUGAAUAUCAAGAUUUAUAAAGGAUUUGGUAUGGCAUGAUGAUAGAUGGUUGUUUGAUUUAUAAAAUAAUAAUUGCCUAUGUGGUAUAUUUUAUGCUUUUGAACAGAAAUCUCCAUUUAGAAGUUUAAAAUAGAAUCAAAUUUGUACAAGCUUAAUUUACGUACAUGCUAAUAAACAUAUUUUAGUAGUUGAGGGACAGGAGACCUGCCUUUCUAUUGGACAUAAUAAGCUUGUGAUCUCAAACAAAACACUUAUCUGAACUUCAGUUUUCAAAUAUGUAAAAUAAAAAGCUUUAAUUGAGGUUUGAGAUUUUGCUCACUGUUGUCAGGCAGUUGUUCUGGUAUAAAAAUCUAGUCCCUAGCACCAUGGAUAAGAGGGUAGGGAAAAGUGAGGAAGGCUCAGGUUGACAAGAGUAAUCACAGUGUUUUUGGUUUUUAAUUAAGGCAACAACCAAACUAGGAGCUUCCCGAGAGCCAGUAUUUGUUGAAUUUCCUACAGUGUUUGCAUAAUGUGUUGAACAUAGUAGGUGCUCAUUACACAUUUAUUGAAUUAAUUAAUAAAUAAGAUCUAUAAAGAUCAGAAUCAAAUAUUCUGAAGCAAGACUAUGUCUUGGCUACAAUUCCAGCUCUGUCAAUUUACUAGUUAGUGACAUUAGGCAUGUUACUUAAUCUCUCUAUGCCCAAAUUCAUGGAGAAAAUGGGGGGAAAAAUAGUAGUAUCUACUUCAUGGUAUUGUUAGGAGGAUUAAAUAAGUUAAUAUGAACAAGGUCCUCAGGACAACGCCUAACAUAUCCUAAGCUCUGUAUUACUAAUAAUGCUUUUACUCUAUGCAUAGUUGAAUGAUGUUAUACAUUACAAAGCAAUUGAAAAUGCAUGGAUGGAAUUCAGAAUAUAUUUUAUUUCUUUUAUAGAUAUAUCAGGAAGAUAGAUUUUACAUAGUAAAAUUGAAGAUUUGGAGGGGGAUACAGUAACUCAAGUUACUGUUUUUUGGUGUUUUUGUAAGAUGGAGAGGCAGAAAGCAAACUGACUAGUUGGUUGAGUUUAUAUCAAAUAUUUUACACAACCAUGAUUUGUUAGACAAAUGAUUCAUAAGUAGAGGGCUUAGCCUAGUUUUAAAAAAAGUUUUGUCCCAUCCCUUAGGAGGGAUAAGUCUAUGAUAUACUGACCCAAGAAUAACAAUUCUAUGACAUAUAUUCUUUUUUUUUUUUCAUUGAGGC